GAGGUCCGGGGGCGAGUCAGGCCUGUGGGGAGGGGCGGGGCGUGCCGGGAGCUCUCGCACCCCUGCCAAGUGCUCAGUCAGGUGACCCGGGGCCCGUCCAACCCAGUCAGUGUCCGCGACUCAGUGUCAGGGGAGCUCCGGCCGCGCCCCGCCAUGUCCUCGCUCCAGCAGCGGGUGCACGACUGGCACCAGGGCGCCGAGGCAGUGGCGCGCGGGGACUGGGGCUGCGCGCUGCGCUGCUUCUCCCGCGACCCGGACCCGCCCGCCAGAAUGUGCUUCAACGUGGGCUGCGUGCACCUGCUGGCCGGCGACCCCCAGGCUGCAUUGAGGGCAUUUGACCAAGCUGUGACCAAGGACGCCUGCCUGGCUGUGGGCUUUUUCCAGCGAGGAGUGGCCAAGCUCCAGCUGGACAGGUCCCAGGAGGCCCUGACUGACUUCCAGCUGGCCCUGGCACUGCUGAGGGACAACGCCACCAUUGACUACAGGCAGCUGGGCCUGAGUUUCAAGCUGCAAGCCUGGGAGGUGCUGUUCAAUGUGGCCGUGGCUCAGUGCCGCCUUGGCCUCUGGACUGAAGCCACCAGCAGCCUCCUGGAAGCCAUCUCCAAGGGCACAGUAGCAGCCCGCACUGGUCUAGAUGCUGCCCUGGACCAAGUGCAGAAACGGGCCUCCCUGCAGCCUCGGCGGGUUCCCAAUGGUGAGGUCUUCAGGCCCCACAGGUGGCACCUGGAGCAUCUGGAACCAGUGGAUUUCCUGGGCAAGGCCAAGGUGGUGGCCUCUACUGUCCCGGACAUCCAGAGGCCUCAUGAGGAGCAAGUCGGCAAACAAGCUGUUGCAGGGCUACUGGUGGCUGGGGGGCCAGACCCAGGGCCCUCAGAGGACCCUACAGAUGCUAGGGGAGAAGCUUCAGGGGGCUGUGACCCUGAGUCCUUGGUCGACGUAACUGUACAGUGCACCUUUACCCUGGUCCUGAAGGUCCCCUGGGGCACUGACCUGCCCCACCUGCGGGCGCUCCUGAGCCAGGCCCUCCCUCUCCAGGCCAGGUGUGGGCAGCUCAGUGUCCAAAGUGCAGGUGAAGCCCGCCACUGGGUCCCCAUCCCUGGGGAGGAGGCUCUGCAGAGAGCUUGGCAGGACUCAGUGCACCUCAGGGGGCUGCAACUACAGUGUCGGGGAGCAGCUGGCCGCCCUGUUCUCUACCAGGUAGUAGCCCAACACAGCUACUCGGCCCAGGGGCCCGGGGACCUGGCUUUGCAACGGGGCGACACCGUGGACAUCCUGAGCGAAGGUAGCUCUGCCCCGUCCACUUACAGAGCUGGGCCAUCCAGUGGGGUUCCUGGGGCCCAGCGGCUGGCUGUGGGCAGAUGUCAGACAUUGUGGGAGCUCCAGCAUUCACCAGCGUCCCCUUUCCCUCACAUGUCCUCUGACACCCCUACACCCACCUCUGUACCCAUAGUGGACCAGGCAUGGCUGGAGGGCCACUGUGAUGGGCGGAUUGGCGUCUUCCCCAAGUGCUUUGUGGGCCCAGUCAAGCAGGCCGAACGCAAAGCCCCGGCCGAGCCUGGAGCCUGGUAGCAAGACCAGCUCAGAGUCCUGCAUGGAGGCUUUUAAUAAAGGCAAGCUGUCCCUA